UGUCUGGGGUUCCCCCUGCUGGUCCCUCACUGCACUUCAGCACCCUCAAGGUUCUCUGCUCUUAGCUCCUUAAAAAUGCAGUUUAACACAAAAAAGUCUGCAAACUGACCUCCAGGGAAAUGUCCUGCUUCUUCCAUAACGAGAUAAACACAAAUAGAAACCAUGACCAAGUGCAUCCGGGGUCAGGGAGCCAGUGGCCCUCACGUGCUGCCCGGCAGCGGACACUGCUUAGCUGUUGGUGAAGUCCAGUCCGGGCUUGCUAAUAGAAUCGUCUCACUUUGGGGAACUCACCCAAGUCUUUGAGUGGCAUGUCUGAGCUCACCAAGUAGAUGCCAUGAGCAAAGCUCCCCCCACCGGGCUGGACAAAUUUAUGGACAAGAAAUUAUUAUUGAAAUUAAAUGGUGGCAGACACUCCCAAGGAAACUGUGGGGGGGUUGAUCCCUUCAUGAAUCUUGUGAUAGAUGAACGUGUGGUGAUGGCAACUAGUGGGCGACAGAACGACAUUAGAAUGGCGGUAAUUCCAGAAAGUCAUGUCAUCGUGUUAGGAGCCUUGGAACGAGCAUAAACAGUGGGUGUGCUCAAGGGAAGAAACUAGCGGCUUCCACACACCCCCUCUCUAUGGCACCUGUUUUCCUACAAUGUAAAAAUCAGAUCGCGCAUUUUCAUAUUGAACUUUUUUGUUAAACAAACUUUUGUAGUUGAAAA